AUGUCAGAUAUGGAUUAUCCUUUGCAAGGACCAGGUUUGCUGUCAAUACCUAAUCUUCCAGAGAUCAGCUCGGUCCGCAGAGUCCCACUUCCCCCAGAGCUAGUGGAGCAGUUUGGACAUAUGCAGUGCAAUUGUAUGAUGGGAGUAUUUCCAGAAAUCAGCAGAGCUUGGCUGACUAUCGACAGUGACAUUUUUAUGUGGAACUAUGAAGACGGGGGAGAUCUUGCUUAUUUUGAUGGCCUUAGUGAAACUAUUCUUGCAGUGGGUCUUGUAAAGCCAAAGGGAGGUAUCUUCCAGCCUCAUGUACGACACUUACUUGUUCUGGCUACCCCAGUGGAUAUUGUGAUUUUAGGGCUCAGCUGUGCUAAUAUACAAGCAGGUACUGGAUCUCUCAAUGACAGUAUGUCAGGUGGAAUGCAGCUCCUACCAGACCCUCUCUAUUCGCUCCCUACAGACAAUACUUACAUUCUGGCAAUAACAUCCACUGAUAACGGGCGUAUCUUUUUGGCUGGAAAAGAUGGCUGCUUAUAUGAAGUAGCAUACCAGGCUGAAGCAGGCUGGUUUAGCCAGCGCUGUAGAAAAAUCAAUCAUUCAAAGAGCGCGCUGUCUUUCCUUAUUCCUUCAUUGCUACAGUUCACAUUCUCAGAGGAUGAUCCUGUAGUUCAAAUCGCCAUUGACAACUCUCGAAAUAUCUUAUAUACCCGCUCAGAAAAAGGAGUGCUGCAAGUUUAUGAUUUGGGACCAGAUGGUCAAGGAAUGACCAGGGUUACUUCUCUUUCACAAAAUGCUAUAGUUGCUGCUGCUGGGAGCAUUGCCAGAACAAUAGAUCGUUCUGUAUUUAAGCCUAUUGUUCAAAUAGCAGUGAUUGAAAAUUCUGAAUCCAUAGACUGUCAACUACUAGCCAUCACACAUGCAGGUGUCCGACUGUAUUUUAGUACUUCACAAUUUAAGCAUCCAACAGCUCGUCCCUCCAUGUUAACCUUGGUGCAUGUCCGUUUGCCGCCCGGAUUUUCAGCUUCUUCUAACGUGGAGAAGCCUGCAAAGGUUCACAGGGCUCUUUAUAGCAAAGGAAUCCUGCUGAUGGCAGCUUCCGAAAAUGAGGAUAAUGACAUACUGUGGUGUAUCAAUCAUGAUUCUUUCCCUUUUCAAAAGCCAAUGAUGGAAACACAGAUGACCACCCGUGUUGAUGGACAUUCCUGGGCUCUUUCUGCUAUCGAUGAAUUUAAAGUUCAGAAGAUUGUAACACCACUGAAUAAAGACAUUAUUCCAAUAACUGAUUCACCUGUUGUUGUGCAGCAGCACAUGCUGCCACCUAAGAAGUUUGUUUUGCUUUCAGCCCAGGGGAGCUUUAUGUUUCAUAAACUCAGACCUGUUGAUCAGCUGCGUCAUCUGCUUGUUAGCAAUAUAGGUGGAGAUGGAGAAGAGAUUGAAAGAUUUUUCAAGUUGCAUCAGGAGGAUCAGGCCUGUGCCACUUGCCUUAUCUUGGCCUGUUCUAAUGCUGCAUGUGAUAGAGAAGUAUCUGCCUGGGCUACUCGAGCAUUCUUCAGGUAUGGUGGAGAAGCACAAAUGAGAUUUCCGUCAGCUCUGCCUCCUCCAAGCAGCGUUGGACCUAUGUUGGGUUCUCCUGUUCCUGCUGUGACAGGUCCAAGUGGAAGAUGGCACUAUUCUUCUGCCACUACUUACUCUGUUUGCUCAAAGGGUUCCCCCUUGACUGUUGAUACUCCAUAUCCUAAUCUUAGCUUUUUGACAACACCUGGGUCCGGUUUACAACCUCCUAGUAUGUCAACUCCCGCAUUUCCUUCUGGGAAUUCCAUGUCUCACCCUGGUACAUCCAUUAGUGGAAUGAUGGGUCCCGAGAUAGUAUUUUCUGGAAGACACCGGCAUCUGCGCAUAUACUUUGCUCGGAUUAUAGGAAAUAUUUGGGAUGGCAGUAUAGUUUUGGAGAGAGUUUUCAAAAGUGGCAAUCGAGAAGUUGUUGCAGUAGAAAGCAGUGUUCCAUCCCAUGUGCUGGAAUGUGUACUACAAGAACUAAAAGGUUUACAAGAAUUUCUGGAUAGAAAUUCACAGUUUGCUACAGUAGGAGCCCUUGGAAACCCAAGUUUCAGCACACCAGCCAAUCUGCAACAGAGGCUCCUGGGUUUCAUGCGGCCUGAUGGUGGAAGUUCUCAGCAGGUCCAGCAAGAACUCCAGAGGAAAUAUCAUGCUGAGGCACAGCUAACUGAGAAGACCUCACUUCAAGGCAUCCAGCAGCUUGUUCGCAAAACCUGCCAGGCAUUGGCUUUAUGGAAGUUGCUGUGUGAGCACCAAUUCAGUGUUGUUGUAGGUGAGCUUCAGAAGGAACUUCAAGAACAUCUGAAGAUUACUGCUUUCAAAGACUUGGUAAUUAGAGACAGAGAGUUGACUGGAGCACUCAUUGCUUCUCUCAUAAACUGUUACAUCAGAGAUAAUGCUGCUGUGGAUGGCAUCAUUGCCCAUUUGCAAGAUAUCUGUCCUCUUCUUUAUAGCACUGAUGAUGCUGUGUGUUCCAAGGCAAAUGAACUGCUUCAGCGGUCUCGACAGGCUCAAAGCAAACUGGAAAAAGAGAAGAUGCUAAGGGAGUCACUGAAAGAGUACCAGAAGAUCAGCAAUCAAGUAGACCUUGCUAAUGUUUGUGCACAAUAUAGGCAAGUGCGUUUCUAUGAGGGAGUAGUAGAACUCUCUCUUACAGCUGCUGAGAAGAAAGAUCCCCAAGGUCUUGGCCUUCAUUUCUAUAAAAAUGGGGAACCAGAAGAGGAUGUUGUUGGACUCCAGGCUUUUCAAGAGAGAUUGAACAGCUACAAGUGUAUCACUGACACCCUUCAAGAGUUAGUGAAUCAAAGUAAAGCUGCUCCUCAGUCUCCCAGUGUACCCAAAAAGCCAGGUCCUCCAGUGCUGUCAUCUGACCCCAACAUGCUAAGCAAUGAAGAAGCAGGGCAUCAUUUUGAACAAAUGCUAAAGCUGGCUCAGCGUUCAACAGAUGAACUCUUCAGUAUUGCACUUUACAACUGGUUGAUACAAGUUGACUUGGCAGACAAACUGUUACAGGUUACUGCUCCCUUUUUGGAACCCUACCUUGUGCGGAUGACCAAGAUUGACCAAAACAAAGUCCGUUAUAUGGAUCUACUGUGGAGAUACUUUGAAAAGAACAGAAAUUUUAGUAAUGCAGCCAGAGUCUUGGCUAAGUUGGCUGACCUGCAUAGCACAGAAAUUUCUCUUCAGCAGCGUCUUGAAUACAUUGCACGUGCCAUUUUGAGUGCCAAAAGUUCCACUGCCAUAUCCUCUAUAGCUGCAGAUGGUGAAUUCCUACAUGAACUAGAAGAGAAAAUGGAAGUUGCAAGGAUCCAGCUUCAAAUACAAGAAACGUUACAACGGCAGUAUUCCCAUCAUUCUUCAGUGCAAGACGCAAUCUCCCAGCUUGAUGCUGAGCUGAUGGAUAUAACCAAGCUGUAUGGAGAAUUUGCUGACCCUUUUAAGCUCUCGGAGUGCAAGCUUGCAAUUAUACAUUGUGCGGGUCAUUCUGAUCCUAUCUUGGUGCAAACUCUCUGGCAAGAAAUCAUUGAGAAAGAGUUGAGCGAUAGUGUGUCUCUGAGCCCCACUGACAGAAUGCAAGCUCUCAGUCUGAAGAUGGUAUUGCUUGGGAAGAUAUAUGCUGGCACACCUCGUUACUUCCCUUUAG